GCGACCCCCAAAACGUCUUUCGGUCUAUCCACUCUUCCAUCUCGAAGUUUGACUGCGACGCUUGUUGGGCCUUUCAUUCCUAUGCCUUCGAACCCACUGCUCUCCAUCUCGUCUACGUCGUUCCUACCUAUCUCGCAGCCUUCUUCAGCUUCGAGUAUCGUAAGCUCGAUGUCUGGGUUCAUGAGUAUUCAGACAGAAACGACUGCAUUUAGACGGAGCUCCUCGUCCAUGUUGGUCCAAGACCCAGGCUUCACUACAAGAGUCAUAGCAUAUGGGGAGACUGCAGUCAGCUUCAUCUUUCCAUCACCGGAUAUCACAACAACGGUGUCAUACUGGACCGGAGUGUAUCCCACUGUAACAGGGCCUUUGCCAUUGGAUCUUCAGACUAUACCUCUGACUACAAGGACGAUCCGACAGACACCGCUUUCAGCACUGCCUUCGUUCGAAGUUUUCUCAUCGCGACCGAGCCAGUUCAAGACGGCGGGGACGGUAAGCCCACUGGCGAAGCGGACUGAGGUCGCAGUUAGCGCGACAGUGCAAGCAGCCGUGUCAGAGCCUACGCUGUGCGGGGAGUAUGGCAACUUCACGCUCACAUUCGAUGACACGGUAGUUGGCAACAACGACAAUCCUCUAUUAGUCGCGAAUGGCAUGAACAACCCGUAUCACCAUCUUUUCUACGCAAAUGGCUUCACGUACGUACCCGACAAGUGGGAGCCAUACCCUGCGCUAUCUCAACCGAAUGUGGCUAUAUUUUUGCCACUGGCAGGGCGCCUCCUACCCAACUCGCCAUUUGCGGGGACUCUGCUCCCAGGUGAGCUUGGGGCUGGCCCACGCGCGUCAGUCAAUGCAUACUGGUUCAACGCGUACUCGGCCUACUUUGGCUGCGCGCUAAGUGGGAUCACGCCCUGCACCCUUCGCAUCUCAGGCUAUCGCUACGACGCGGUGCUCAAAGCAGAAGUAGUGGUGGUGGAGCAGAACGUGACAAUAGCGGCAUGCUGGGGCUACAUCAAGUGCCGUCUAACGCAGGUCUUCUUCAACGACCAAUUCAGAGCGCUCUCUGGGAUACAGUUCAACGCCUACACGUCCGGCCUGGGAAUACCGCAGGUGUAUAUGAUGGACGACUUGCAGAUGGAGUGGUAUAACAACACUUGCUCAGCGGGCAUUCUGAGGAUUGGCCAUCGCUAGUCGAUGGAUCAAGCUGGAGGAGACGGUUGAUGUCGGUUGAUGUCAGAGCAUGUCGGAGGAUAUGGAGAAGUGUUGAAGAAUAUUGAAUUAGCAUAGCAUCUCUUGGUACAUGGCAUGUUUAGACAGAAUGGGAACGACUACUGCUCAAAGUAGUUGUCAGCAUCCCUGCAGAUGACCUUUCGGUUCGACUCAGAUGACUUUGUGAUGGCUGUCUCGGAAG